CGCUCCCAGCUCGGCGUUAUUUCCCGGAGUACGUCCGGUUCCACCUUGAGGGGAUGGAGGUGGCUCGGGGCUCCGGCGCCCCGGAUCCCGGCGAUCCCCGACCUCUCAAGCCGUGUCUGCUGCGUCGCAACCACAGCCGCGAACAGCACGGCGUAGCAGCCUCCUGCCUCGAGGAGCUCAGGAGCAAAGCCUGUGAGAUUCUGGCCAUUGAUAAGAACCUGACACCAAUCACCCUGGUCCUGGCAGAAGAUGGCACCAUAGUGGAUGAUGAUGAUUACUUCCUUUGUCUUCCUUCCAAUACUAAGUUUGUGGCUUUGGCUUGUAAUGAAAAGUGGACAUACAACAAUUCAGAUGGUGGCACAGCUUGGAUUUCCCAGGAGUCUUUUGAUGUGGAUGAAACAGACAGUGGGGCUGGAGCGAAAUGGAAGAACCUGGCCAGGCAGCUGAAAGAAGAUCUGUCCAACAUCAUCCUGCUCUCAGAAGAGGACCUCCAAGUGCUCAUCGACGUACCAUGUUCAGACCUGGCUCAGGAACUUGGCCAAAGUUGUGUCACUGUCCAAGGUCUUCAGAACACACUUCAGCAGGUCCUCGACCAGAGAGAGGAAGCCCGCCAGUCCAAGCAGCUUCUGGAGCUUUAUCUCCAGGCUUUGGAGAAGGAGGGUGGCAUCUUGUCCAUGCAGAAAGAGUCCAAAGCAGCCUUCAGCGAAGAAGUGGAUACUGUGGACACAGGCAGCGGCAGAGAGAUUGCUUCCAAAAUUGCUCUGACAAGCCAGAUCCUUACCACCCUGAAGGAGAAGCCGGCUCCAGAGCUGAGUUUAUCUAGUCAGGAUUUGGAGUUGGUUUCUGAGGAAGAGCCCCAAGCACUGGCUGUGGCUUUGAACUGGGACCUAAAGAAGACGGAAACCGUUCAGCAAGCCUGUAACCGGGAGCUCGCCCUGCGCCUACAGCAGAUGCAAAGCUUGCGAUCCCUCCGCAAUGUUUCAGCCAGGAACCAUUCCCUGCCCAGGGACCUGCAGAGCCCUAAACGAGCUAGACAAGAUGCCACAUAGCUCCAGCCAGAAACCUGCCGCGGAGGAAUGCAUGCUGGCCUUGGGUUUUGUUGUCAGUAAAUACCUCCAACCUCCUC